CGAUAGUGGAAAACAUCGACUUAAAUCUGUCGUUGCCACUUUUUCUAGCCCCGACUGCACAGCUGUUUUCUCUACGCGGUGGCAACUCCCUAACAAAUGCACGUGUAAAACAAAACAGAAAUGCGCAAAAAACAAGCUGAUGAAAUACCAGGGUUUCCCUCGCUGGACAAUGGCGGCGGCAGCGGUGAUCGGGGCGACGACAUCCUCCGGAGCAAGCCCAAGUCAAAGAAAAGCGGCGGCUUUCAGUCCAUGGGCCUGGGCUUUGAGCUGAUCAAGGGCAUCACAAAGCGGGGCUACAAGGUGCCCACGCCCAUCCAACGCAAGACUAUUCCUCUGAUCCUGGAGGGCCGGGACGUGGUGGCCAUGGCCAAGACUGGCUCCGGAAAGACGGCCUGCUUCCUGAUUCCCCUCUUUGAGAAGCUGCAGCGGCGGGAGCCCACCAAGGGCGCCCGUGCCCUCAUCCUAUCGCCCACGCGCGAGCUGGCGGUGCAGACGUACAAGUUUAUCAAGGAGCUUGGCCGCUUCAUGGAGCUAAAGACCAUCCUGGUGCUGGGAGGCGACUCUAUGGAUUCGCAGUUCUCGGCCAUUCACACGUGCCCCGAUGUGAUCGUGGCCACACCUGGCCGCUUCCUCCACUUGUGUGUGGAAAUGGACCUAAAGCUGAACUCUAUAGAGUACGUGGUCUUCGACGAAGCUGAUCGUUUGUUCGAGAUGGGUUUCGGCGAGCAGCUGAACGAGACUCUGCACCGGCUGCCCUCCUCCCGGCAAAUGGUCAUGUUUUCCGCCACGCUGCCCAAGUUGCUGGUGGAUUUUGCUCGCGCGGGCCUCAACGACCCGGUUCUCAUACGCCUGGACGUAGAGUCCAAGCUGCCGGAUGCCCUGGCUCUGAAGUUCCUCUACUGCCGGCCCGACGACCGCUACACAGCGCUCGUGGUGCUUUUGAAGUAUGUGAUCCCGCAGGACUCGCAGACCGUGGUGUUUGCCGGCACUCAGCACCAUGUGGAGUUGAUUUCGUACAUCCUCACCGAGGCAGGCAUCUCCAACACAUCGGUGUACUCCAGUCUGGAUCCGGCAGCUCGUAAAAUCAAUACCGCCAAGUUCGUGAGCAAGAAGGUGUCGGUUCUGAUCGUCACGGAUGUGGCAGCCCGCGGCAUUGACAUUCCCAGCCUAGACUACGUGGUCAAUCUUCACUUUCCGGGCAAGCCGAAGCUGUUUGUGCAUCGCGUCGGCCGCUGUGCGAGAGCAGGCCGCACUGGCACCGCCUACUCCAUCUUCUCCACGGAUGAUACAGCCCAUCUCCUGGAUCUACACCUGUUCCUCAACCGGCCUUUCAACAUCAAUGACAGCUCGGCCAUGGGGACCAUUCCGCAGGACCUGCUCGAGGAGGAGCACCUCACAGUGACCGAUAUCAAGAAGAGUCAUCAUAUUUCUGGAGUGUUGCGCACCAGUGAGAAUGCCUACAAGAAAUACCUAAGCUCGCGUCCAGUGGCCUCCACGGAUGCCAAUGCACGAGUGAAGAAGAUCAAGUUCUUUGCGCUGAAACCCUUGGAAGACUUCUUCACAGCCGCUCCUGCCCUCGCCCAGGCCGCCGAGGUCAAUGGGCAGUCUACAGAAUCCCAGGCGGAGGUGGCUGCAGCUGAGCGCAAGUUGCAGGAGGAGAAGCAUGAUAUACUGGUCAAGAUGCGUAGUUUCCGGCCAGGCGGUACCGUUUUUGAACUCAACACCACGCAAAAAUCGACCCAAUUUCUGGUUAUGAAGGAGAAGCGAAGCCAACACGCGGAUGUUAUUCAAAAGUUUAGGAAGCAGCGAGCUGAUGAGGACCUAGACGAGGCGAUAAAGGAGGCCGAGACCCAGAGGCCCAGUUCCACCCGAAUGCCCACCGCCGACGAGGAAGCCAUUAGCAGUACCUUCAACAAAGUCGUGGCGCCCAAAAGGCUCCAAAACAUGGACGCCCUGUACAAGGAUAAGCCCAAGAAGAAGAAGCGUAAGACCAACGCCAAGGACGAUGAGCACUACGUGCCGUACCAGUCGGCCGACAAGCACACAGAGGAUGGCCUGGCUAUCAACACGUUUGAGCGUCAGGCCCAGAAUGCCGAGUUUUCGGUUUCCGACCGCAACUCUUCGCAGGAGGUGAAGCACAAGCCGGGCCUGAAGAAGUGGGACCGCAUCAAGAAGAAAAUGGUGUCCGUGCAAGAUCCUCGAGCCAACAAGAUCCGCACCGAGUCCGGCGCCUGGAUUCCAGCCUCCUUCAAGACGGGCCGCUACAACGAGUGGAAGGAGAAGUCCAAGAUCGAGGACCAGCUGCAGCGCGAGAACGCGGAUAGUGACGACGACAAGUUCAGGCCUCUGAGCCACGCCCAGCGCUAUCCCGUCAGCCGCCAUGCGCGUCACAAUGUGAAGCUUGAGCUGAAGAAGCGGCUCAGCGGAAAUGAUAAGGAGAUGCGGCGACCCGAGCAGAUUGUAAAGUCCCGCAUGCGCCUGGAGUUCAUCAAGAAGCGCAACGAGGAUAAUGCGGAGAAGAAGGCCGAAAAUCGCAAGCGCAGCAUGCGGAAGAACCAGCGACCCAAGGCUCAAGCAACUGGUGGGCCCAGAAAGCGCAAGUAGUAGUCAGAGAUCUUCUGAUUAAUCGCCUUCCCCCAACGAGACACUCAAAAUAUUUGUUCAGCAGGCACUGGCGCUGCACCCGAGGGGCUCAACCGUGCCUAAGAACUGCUCUUUGGACUUGGAUUUCGGAAAGUGUUUUGAUAAAAAUACACGAUGAAAUGUGUGAA